AUGGCGAGUGAGGAAGAGAGUGCCGUGAAGGAGCCGUUGGAUCUGAUACGGCUCAGCCUCGACGAGCGCAUCUACGUCAAGCUCCGCUCCGACCGUGAGCUCCGCGGUAAACUUCAUGCUUAUGAUCAACACUUGAAUAUGAUUCUUGGUGAUGUUGAAGAAGUUGUUACUUCUGUAGAAAUUGAUGAUGAAACUUAUGAAGAGAUUGUCCGGACGAAAAAACGGACUGUUCCCUUUCUCUUUGUCAGAGGAGACGGGGUCAUCCUUGUUUCACCUCCUCUAAGAACAGCUUGA